AUGUCCCGGACACCAAGGUCCGAAGAUACCGGGUUUAUCCAGCGCUCUUUGCAACCUCGAGACAACUCUGCCGAUAGUGCCAUCACCGCUCAAGUCGAGCUUACCAGCGCCCUUGGUGAUCUUCUGGUUCUCAUUGAUUCCAUCAGAAAGCUCUUGACUCCGGGGUUCUUCGAUGAUGUCAACUCCAGUAUCACCAACCUCGCUGACUUGCUGGCACCACCUUUUGUCAACAACCCGCGCACCAUCGUUGGCCGUGCUGGAACGCUGCUAGAUUAUAUCCAGCCUCUAAUCGACGAAUUCAAAGACUUCGACCUCAACUCCCUCAUCCAACUCAUUGCGCCGAUUGUCGUCCAACUCAGCUCCCUCCUCGAUAACGCAAGCAAGCUUUUGGCGACGGAUAUUGCGAAUAGAAUUAUCACGUUCAUUACAAAGCUCUGUUAUUUUCUGACAGCGGAUCUAUCAAGUGAUAUUUCAACUCUCAUUGCACAAUUGGCUCCAAGCUGA